UCCAUUCCCCACACUCCAUAUUCCAUCAACCGCCACGUCUGUGUUAUGUGCCGACUGUAUAACGCACGCCGGUUUAUCGGAAAUAUUGAAAGACAAUAUAAUAUAAUAUAAUAAGUUGAAGAGAAUUAAUACGGUAAAAAGUAUGUUUCGAUAUAAUUUAAUUACACUAAUAUGGAGUGUCGGAUUGUUUCUCGGAUUUCAUAUCCAAUCUCUUACUGCUACUGAUGUCAUUGACUCGGAUCUCGUUCUUAAAAAUGUGGAGAAGCAUAUUGAUUUGCAAUCUCAGUUAACAAAAAUUACAACUAGACUCGUUCUGGAAAAUGGAAGCAAAGAUCGACACAUACGAAGUUUCCUAUUUUCAUUGGAAUCUAAACAGAAAAGUAGUCUAAGCUAUAUAGCUGCAUAUAGAGAACCAGUACGAGUUGAGCUAAAAUUGGCUGAAGUAAAGAUAAACACGCAUCCAGAUAAAAUUUUUUAUAAAAUUGAAUUAAAAGAUCCGCUCUCUCCUGGAAGAACUAUGUCUGUUGAUAUAGAAAUGGUAUUAAGUCAUGAACUUAUACCUCAUCCUAAAGAAAUUACCCAAAAGGAAAAGCAAUUGGUAAAAUACAUGGGGAAUAUUUAUCUUUAUUCACCGUAUACUAUAAUGAAGCUAACAACAACAGUAUCUUUACCAUCACGCAAUGUUGAAAGUUAUACUAAAUUUAAACCAGUUUCACAAAGUGAUUCAAUGAUCACUUAUGGUCCAUAUGAAAAACUUUCUCCAUUUUCAUACGAGGAAUUAAAUAUACAUUUUGAAAAUAAUAAUAAAUUCCUCACUGUUAUCAAACUUGAAAGAAGCAUCGAAAUAUCUCAUUGGGGAAAUAUUGCAGUAGAAGAACAUAUUGAUUUAUUGCACACUGGAGCCUUAUUGAAAGGUUCGUUCUCCCGUUACGAUUAUGCCAGAGAAACCAAAUCAGGACAGGCCAGUAUUCAAAGUUUUGAUACCAUUUUACCUGCAGCUGCUUCUGAUAUUUAUUAUAGAGAUGAAAUUGGAAAUAUUUCCACGUCACAUACUCGUAUUAAGAAAGAUUCUGUGGAAUUAAAUCUUCGUCCACGUUUUCCACUCUUUGGUGGUUGGAAAACUCGAUAUAUAGUUGGUUAUAAUGUACCUAGUUACGAGUAUCUAUUUCAUUCUGGAGAUCAAUACACAUUGGAGAUGAGACUUUUGGAUCAUGUAUUCGAUGAUAUGGCAGUAGAUGAAUUAGUUGUAAAAAUUAUAUUGCCAGAAGGUUCGAAGAAUAUUGAGCUAAACCUACCAUACGCAGCAACACGUUUACCAGACUCUCUUUACUACACAUAUUUGGAUACUACUGGUCGUCCAGUAAUCUCUAUUACAAAGAAAAACUUAGUUGAGAAUCAUAUUCAGGAUUUUAAACUAAAGUACACAUUUCCGCGUGUAUUGAUGUUGCAAGAACCGUUACUAGUAGCAGCAGCGCUAUACCUGCUCUUUUUAUUAGUAAUCACUUAUGUAAGACUUGAUUUUUCAAUAGACAAGGACGAGCUUUCAGAAAGUAAAUUAAGAAUAGCUGGUCAGUGUGAAAAAAUUUUAGCUGUUCAAGAUCGACGUGUGACAUCAUACAAUGAAUUAGAUUAUCACCUAGCAAAUCUCAAAACGAAUAAGGAUGCCAAUGCAUUUUUGUCCGUUGUUAAAGGCAUCAAUAAAGAAUACAAAACUGCCACAAAUGCUAUUGCAGAAAUUGCUCAACGAUUGAAAGGAGAAUCUGGCGAUAUAUACGAUCGUGUGCAGGAAUUACAAAAACAUGACAAAACAUUGAAAGAACUUUACAAUCAACAACAAGCACUUUAUGUAGACAAAUUAGUACCAGGAAAAAUAGGACGUCAGCAAUUUGUAGAAGCAGAAGCAGUUAUUGCUAGGAAGAAAGAAGAAUGCAUUGAGAAAAUUAAUUCUAUUGUGAAAUCUUUACAGUAAUAAAAUCUUUGAGCACAACUGAAGACUUAAAGAAAAUAAUUUAAAAUACUAAUUGCAAUCUUUUUAUGAUAAGUUAAAGUAAACAUUUUUCUGUACAAUAAGUUAAGAUUUGUAAUAAAGAAAUAUAAAUCAUA